CGACAGUCCGUCUCUCUAUGUGGAGAAAUGAGCUCAUCAACCUUCAGUCCAGUAAAGAGGAACACACCACCGCUCACCAUGUUCACUGUUCUUUCCCUGCUUCUACUGACAGGAGAACACAGCGCGACGGCUCGGAUUCACUCUCUGAAGUUUUUCCUCACUGGGUCGUCUCAAGUCCCAAACCUUCCAGAGUUUGUUGGUGUUGGUUUGAUUGAUGAAGUUCAGGUCGGAUACUAUGACAGCAACACAAAGAAAGCAGAACCCAAACAGGACUGGAUGUUAAAGGCAACUAAUGCACAGUUCUGGGAGAGGCAGACUGAGCUUGCUUUUGAUUUACAACAGUGGUUCAAAAACAACAUGGAAAUCCUAAAGGAACGCUUCAACCAAACUGGAGGUCUUCACAUUUACCAGAAGAUGUCCGGAUGUGAAUGGGACGAUGAGACUGGAGAAGUUAAAGGUUUUAAUCAGUAUGGUUAUGAUGGAGAAGACUUCAUAUCAUUGGACAUGGAGACAGAGACGUGGAUCGCUCCAACAUCAAAGAGUGUCAUCACCAAACUGAAGUGGGAUCAGGAUAAAGCUCGACUCGCAUAUAAUAAGUACUACUACACACAGGAGUGUCCUGCCUUUAUUAAGAACGUCCUGGAGCAGGGGAGGAACUCUCUGCUGAGAACAGAGCUUCCCAGGAUUUCUCUCCUCCAGAAGUCUCCCUCCUCUCCAGUCAGCUGCCACGCUACAGGUUUCUACCCCGACAGUGCCAUGUUGUUCUGGAGGAGAGAGGGGGAGGAGCUUCAUGAGGACGUGUACCACGGAGAUGUCCUCCCCAACCAUGAUGGAACCUUCCAGAAGAGCGCUGACCUGAAGGUUUCAUCCAUCUCCCCUGAAGACUGGAGGAGGUACGAGUGUGUGUUCCACAUCUCUGGUGUGAAGGAGGACAUCGUCACCCAACUGGACAAAGACUCAGUCGAGUCCAACAGAGAGAAGCCCACCGACAUGACCACCAUCAUCAUCAUCAUCGCUGCAGUGGUCGCUGUCGCUGUCGUCAGCGCUGUCAUUGGAUUCAUCGUGUACAGGAAGAAGAAAGCCCAAAGUACCUCACCUCCUGGAACAGAUCCAUGUGCCUCACAGCCGCUGAGAUCAGGUGAUGGAGGUUCUAAUUCUCCAAGUGAGACGUCCUCCAGGCUGAUUCUUAAUUCCCAUUGGCUCAGAGGAUGUCCCCGCCUCACAGUUUGUCCUCGACUCACCUGGUUUCCGUCUCUUUGUGGAGAAAUUAGCUCAUCUACCUUCAGUCCAGUAAAGAGGAACACACCACCGCUCACCAUGUUCACUGUUCUUUCCCUGCUUCUACUGACAGGAGCACACAGCGCGACGGCUCGGAUUCACUCUCUGAAGUAUUUCCUCACUGGGUCGUCUCUAGUCCCAAACCUUCCAGAGUUUGUGGCUGUUGGUUUGAUUGAUGACGUUCAGAUCGGAUACUAUGACGGCAACACAAAGAAAGCAGAACCCAAACAGGACUGGAUGUUAAAGGCAACUGAUACAGAGUUCUGGGAGAGGCACACUGAGCUUGCUUUGAGUCAACAGCCUUGGUUCAAAAACUACAUUGAAAUCUUAAAGGAACGCUUUAACCAAACUGGAGGUCUUCACAUUCUCCAGUUGAUGUCCGGAUGUGAAUGGGACGAUGAGACUGGAGAAGUUAAUGGUUUUCUUCAGGAGGGUUAUGAUGGAGAGGACUUCAUAUCAUGGGACCAUGAGACAGAGACAUGGAUCGCUCCAACACCACAGAGUGUCAUCAGCAAACUGAAGUGGGAUCAGGAUAAAGCUGAACUUGCAUUUCUUAAGUACUACUACACACAGGAGUGUCCUUCCUUUGUGAAGAAGUUCCUGGAGUACGGGAGGAGCUCUCUGCUGAGAACAGAGCUUCCCAGGAUUUCUCUCCUCCAGAAGUCUCCCUCCUCUCCAGUCAGCUGCCACGCUACAGGUUUCUACCCUGACAGUGCCACGUUGUUCUGGAGGAGAGAAGGGGAGGAGCUUCAUGAGGACGUGUACCAGGGAGAGGUCCUCCCCAACCAUGAUGGAACCUUCCAGAUGAGCUCUGACCUGAAGGUUUCCUCCAUCUCCCCUGAAGACUGGAGGAGCUACGAGUGUGUGUUCCAGAUCGCUGGUGUGAAGGAGGACAUCGUCACCAAACUGGACAAAGACUCAGUCCAGUCCAACAGAGAGAAGCCCACCAGCGUGACCAUCAUCAUCAUCAUCAUCACUGCAGUGGUCGCUCUCACUGUCGUCAGCGCUGUCAUUGGACUCAUCGUGUACAGGAGGAAGAAAGCCCAAAGUACCUCACCUCCUGGAAAAGAUCCAGGUGCCUCAGAGCCGCUGAGAUCAGGUAAUGGAGGUUCUAAUUCUUCAAGUGAGAUUCCGUCCUGAACACAGUUUAUGGACAAGAAGUGAGAGGACAUUCUCUGAAGGAGAAGCACUUUUCUAACUCGCUUGCACGGUCCUAUUUUUUUAUGUUGACCAAUACUAUAGAUAUCUGCUUAUGCGGCAAAGUCUUGUGAUUCUCACUGUCUUCAUAUAUAGAUAGGAGUUACAUUUUUUGAAUGAGAGCGUUUUGUUCGAGACAGCUCAGAUCUCUCUCACACAGGUGCGGUCAUUAGUGAAAUACACCCCGAGGGGGGGGGGCCAAAGGGGCAAAGGGGGACAGUGUUAACAAAUUCAGAGGAAUUGACUAAUACUGUAUUUAGUGCAGUGGGUAGAGCAGACAGUGAGUCAGGUGAGGCAUUAACUAUAGUAUUUCUUUUUUACUGCUGAUUUUUUAAAUAGAAACAUACAGAGUCCUUCUUUCUCUCUCUGUCUGUAUGAUAGGGAGAGCACCCCUACUGAUCAGUGUUAAAAUUAAGUGAGCAAUCUGUACCAAAUCGCUCGCACUGAAAAUUAAGUUGUUUUAACUCCACUGUACAUUGUAAGUCAUAAUUAUGAUUCUUACUCCAAAAUGUUUACUAAUUAAUCAAACAUGUGAUCCAUACAUUUUUAAAUGAUCAGAAUGUUUAUCGAGUAAAAAUCUCAAAUGUUUGCCGAUGUUUAUCAAAUAUAAGAUUUAGUUGCUUCUUGUACUUUUUGAUGGAUUAAAAACAGUCUUCACUUC